GUUAAAGCGUUGGACACUUGGGAGAAAAAUAUCAACGAAUAUUCUUUACUAACCAUUUUUUUAAUCUAUAGAAAUUCGGACUGCAGUUUAAAGCCACUUUGGAGAAUGUUACAAACGUGAGGCCGGUGGGGGAUGAUUUCCGCUGGUAUUUAAAGGCUAGUAACUGACUCCUGUCCUUGCAGCUGAAGUGUGGAAAUUGUGGUGAGGUGUCGGAUAAAUGGCAGUAUAUCACCUUAAUGGACAGCGUGCCUCUGAAAGGAGGACGAGGCAGCGCUAGCAUGGUGCAGAAGUGCAAGCUGUGUUCCCGGGAAAACUCCAUAGAUAUCCUGAGGGACACAAUUACACCUUACAAUGCAGAAGACAGCGAAAGGUUUAAGACAAUUGUCCAGUUUGAGUGUCGGGGUCUGGAACCAGUCGACUUUCAGCCUCAGGCCGGUUUCGCCGCUGGUGGGGCAGAGACAACCACACAGUUUCCUGAAAUCAAUCUGCAAGAGAAAGACUGGACGGACUACGACGAGAAGGCCAGUGAGUCCGUGGGGAUCUAUGAGGUCGCACAUCAAUUCAUCAAGUGCUGAAAUGCGCUGAAUGAAGAACAAAGUUGAAACGACUACACCACGCUCUUGCUAGUCAGUGCUAAUCGCCUCUUGCUAAUUGGUAAAAGCCUUAUUAUAUGCAAGAGGUGCAGUAAGUUUGAUCGUACGAUACUACAGUAAUAAACCGUGCAAUGAUUGGACUGUGUGUGUGGCUUGCAACCCAGCUAAAUCAUGUUUUGAAUAAAAUGAUGCAGAAAAGGAA